UGGACUCCCAUAGGUGAUGUUACAACUACAAUGCUCUGGAUACACGGGCAAAUAUCCACGUUGUCAACAAUGAAGGGCUUAUUUUUACCAUCAGCAGUUUCUCUAGCUGUUCCUUUGGCUCUGCUGUCCCUUACAAGUGAAGUAAAUGGGAAAGGACAAAAUUCCGCAGAUGUUCUGGCAUCCGAACAGAUGGCUCCUCGAGGACAGCUAGUUUUCUCAGUAGGACUUGGGGCUUUAGUGUUUGUACCAGUUUUCAAGGCCUUGACUGGUUUGCCACCAUACAUGGGUAUGCUGCUUGGACUGGGAGUUCUUUGGAUAAUCACAGAUGCAAUUCACUAUGGAGAAUCAGAAAGACAGCGACUGAAAGUACCACAGGCUUUAUCACGCAUUGACACUCAAGGAGCUCUUUUCUUCCUCGGAAUCUUAUUGUCCGUUAGCAGCUUGGAGGCAGCAGGUAUUCUGCGAGAAUUGGCAAAUUACCUUGAUGCUCAUAUCCCAAGUACUGAACUUAUUGCGAGCACAAUUGGAGUUGUUUCAGCAAUCAUAGACAAUGUUCCUCUGGUUGCAGCCACAAUGGGAAUGUACGACCUAUCCUCCUUUCCCCAAGAUUCUGAGUUCUGGCAACUAGUAGCAUUUUGUGCAGGUACUGGUGGAUCCAUGCUAGUAAUUGGCUCAGCAGCUGGAGUAGCAUUUAUGGGAAUGGAAAAGGUCGACUUCUUUUGGUAUAUGAAAAAGGUUAGUGGGUUUGCUUUUGCUGGCUAUGCUGCCGGUAUUGCUGCAUAUCUAGCAACACAUAAUCUCAACAUCUCACUUCCCACAGCUCUGGCUCAAGUUCCUUUUCUUCAUGGUUCAUAACUCAUUCAGAUGGGCAUUUGAUCAUUGAAGCUAUUAGUACAUCUGAUUGUUUACGUAUUCUCAAAUAUAUGAACACAUGACUUUUAGUGGUGGCUGGGGGAGAGGGUGGGACUGAAGAUUUCAGCCCCCAUAAUGUAAUUUAUUGAUUUGUCAUUAAUAAAUUAAUAAUGUAAUGUGAGAGUGCAUUAAUAAUUUAGUUGAAACGGGCUGCUGGGAGAUAAUUUCUUA